AGGGACUGUUUGGUAGGAAGGAAACACACACUCAAGAAACAGAACAAAUAUGUUUUAUUCUAUUUAUUCCCUGCAUUUCCCCUUUUGAGACGGGGUCUCACUCUGUCACCGAGGCUGGAAUGCCGAGGGGUGAUCAUAGCUCCCUGUAGUCUCUGCCUCCCAGGCCCAAGUGAUCCUCCCACCUCAGCCUCCUGAGUAGCUGGGACUCGAGGUGUGAGCUGCCGUGCCUGGCUAAGUUUUUUGCUUUUUUUUUUUUUUUUUUUUUUUUACAGACAAGGUCUUGCUAUUUGGCUGAGGGUAAUUGAAGCUCCUGGCCUCAAGCCAUCCUCCCGUCUCAGCCUCCUGAAGUGCUGGGAUUCCAGGCGUGAGCCACCACGGUAGACCCUGCAUUUCUCCUGUGUGCUCACUGCCACACGCGGCUCAGCCUGGGCUGCACAGCCAGGUGUCAGGUGCGUCUCUGCUGACCUGGGUCUGCCUGCAGCAUGGACCUGCAUCUUCCCUGAAGCAUCUCCAGGGCUGGAGAGACGACUGCUGUGCACCGAGGGCUCAUCCAUCUGCAGAGCAGGGCAGUGGGAGGAGACGCCAUGACCCCCAUCCUCAUGGUCCUGAUCUGUCUCGGGCUGAGUCUGGGCCCCAGGACCCACGUGCAGGCAGGGACCCUUCCCAAGCCCACUCUCCGGGCUGAGCCAGGCUCUGUCAUCACCCAGGGGAGUCCCGUGACCCUCAGGUGUCAGGGGAGACUUCAGGUUCAGGCGUAUCGUCUAUAUAGAGAAAAAAACCCAGCAUCCUGGGUUAGACGGAUACAACGAGAGCUUGUCAAGAAGGGCUAUUUCCCCAUUGCAUCCAUCACCUCGGAACAUGCAGGGCGGUAUCGCUGUCAGUAUUACAGCCGCAAUCACUCAUCAGAGCUCAGCGACCUCCUGGAGCUGGUGGUGACAGCCUACAGCAAACCCACCCUCUCAGCCCUGCCCAGCCCUGUGGUGGCCUCAGGAGGGAACGUGACCCUCCAGUGUGUCUCACAGGUGGCAUUUGAUGGCUUCGUUCUGUGUAAGGAAGGAGAAGAUGAACACCCACAACGUCUCAACUCCCACUUCCAUGCUCGUGGCUGGUCCUGGGCCGUCUUCUCCGUGGUCCCUGUGAGCCCGAGUCGCAGGUGGUCGUACCGGUGCUAUAGUUAUGACUCACGCUCUCCCUAUGUGUGGUCUUUACCCAGUGAUGUCCUGGAGCUCCUGGUCCCAGGUGUUUCUAAGAAGCCGUCACUCUCAGUGCAGCCGGGUCCUGUUAUGACCCCUGCGGAAAACCUGACCCUCCAGUGUGGCUCUGAUGCCGGCUAUGACAGAUUCGUUCUAUACAAGGAGGGAGAACGUGACUUCCUCCAGCGCCCUGGCCGGCAGCCCCAGGCUGGGCUCUCCCAGGCCAACUUCCCCCUGGGCCCUGUGAGCCACUCCCACGGGGGCUGUUACAGAUGCUGUGGUGCACACAACCUCUCCUCCGAGUGGUCGGCCCCCAGUGACCCCCUGGACAUCCUGAUCUCAGAACACUUCUAUGACACGGUCUCCCUCUCGGUGCAGCCGGGCCCCACGGUGGCCUCAGGAGAGAACGUGACCCUGCUGUGUCAGUCAUGGGGACAGUUCCACACUUUCCUUCUGACCAAGGAGGGGGCAGCCCAUCCCCCGCUGCGUCUGAGAUCAGAGCACGGAGCUCACCAGCACCAGGCUGAAUUCCCCAUGGGUCCUGUAACCUCAGCCCACGCGGGGACCUACAGGUGCUACAGCUCACUCAGCUCCAACCCCUACCUGCUGUCUCACCCCAGUGACCCCCUGGAGCUCAUGGUCUCAGGAGCAGCUGAGACCCUCAGCCCGUCACAAAACCAGACAGACUCCAAGACUGGCCAACACCCACAGGAUUACACAGUGGAGAAUCUCAUCCGCAUGGGCGUGGCUGGCUUGGUCCUGGUGGUCCUCGGGAUUCUGCUAUUUGAGGCUCAGCACAGCCGGAGAAGCCCCCAAGAUGCAGCCUGCCGGUGA